AUGGGAAUUAUGGUAUCUCGAAAAUUAAGAAUUCUUUGCUUGCACGGCUACCGUCAAAAUUCAACAAUUUUUCGUGAGAAAACUGGCAGUUUACGUAAAUUGUUGAAAAAACAUGCUGACCUAAUUUAUAUUGAUGCCCCACAUCUCAUACCAGAAACAACAGCCGAACUUGUCGAAAGUACUAAUAGUGAAGCAGCUAAUAGCGAAGAACAUAAUCAUCAACAAGUGGAUCGAUCUAAUCAACGAGGUUGGUGGUUUUCAACUUCAAAUCAAACAUAUGAUCCAUUAAAGCUAACCGAUUGCGAUAAAGGUUUUCAAGAAUCAAUAGAAUAUGUUACAAAUUUUAUUCAGAGUCAAACCGAACCAUUCGAUGGUAUUCUGGGAUUUAGUCAAGGUGCAUCGUUUGUUACACUGUUGUUAUUAUCAUUAAAUUCAAAUAGUCAAUUGUCAUUUCGUUUUGUGAUGUUGAUAGCCAGUUUUAAAAGUGGACAAACACAACAUAAAGACUAUUAUAAAAAUCAGAUAAACAUCCCUAGUCUACAUAUUAUUGGGAAAAAUGAUCAAGUUAUUCCCUUUAAAAUGUCUGAAGAUUUAGCAAAUGAUUGUUUUAAAGAGCCAAUUAAUUUUUAUCAUGAUGGUGGACAUUUCAUUCCAACAACGUCAGAAGCACGAUUAUGUUACACAGAAUUUUUAGAUAAACUACAAAUCUCUUUAGCGGGUAAAACGAUAUUUAUCUCAGGGGCAUCACGAGGGAUUGGAAAACAGAUCGCUUUACGUUGUGCCAAAGAGAAGGCUAAUAUUGUUAUCGCUGCUAAAACGACGACACCUCAUCCAAAGUUACCUGGAACAAUUUAUACAGCAGCUGAAGAAAUUGAAAAAGCAGGUGGAAAAUGCUUGCCAUGCGUGGUAGAUGUACGCGAAGAAGAACAAGUUGUGAAAGCCUUCGAAGAUGCAGUAAAGAAAUUUGGUGGUAUUGACAUAUUAAUUAAUAAUGCUAGUGCAAUUAGUCUAACGGAUACAUUGUCAACACCAAUGAAAAAAUAUGAUUUAAUGCAUAAUAUUAAUGCACGUGGCACUUAUUUAUGUUCAAAGAUAGCAAUACCCUAUUUGAAAAAAUCAAAAAAUCCGCAUAUUCUUAUGAAUUCACCACCAUUAUCGUUAAAUCCUGCUUGGUUCAAAGGUCAUGUUGCAUAUACUGUUGCCAAAUAUAACAUGUCAAUGUUUGCACUCGGUUUGUCUGCUGAAUUAAAAGAAUUUGGUAUUGCUGUUAAUGCAAUUUGGCCGCGUACAGCUAUUGAUACGGAUGCUAUUGCACUCAUUGCUGGAGAAGAUUAUCGAAAAAAAUGUCGAAAACCAGAUAUUAUGGCCGAUGCUGUUUAUGCAAUAAUAACAAAAGAUAGUCGAUCGUGUACAGGAAAUUUUUUUAUUGAUGAGGAGAUUUUAAAACAAUCGGGUGUAACAGAUUUUGAACAAUACUCGGUUGUUCCCGGUGUCACCGAUUUUAUGUUAGACUUUUUUCUUGAUGAAAAUUUACCAAAAAUGCAAAAAACAAGUUCAAAAACGUCAAGUUCAUCAGCAUCAAAGGAUGGAAGCGAAAAAGCUACAUCAACAACAACUGCAAAGACAACAUCAACACCGAGUUCUGAAAGUGCAGAGGAUGUUACUAAAAUCUUUGAUGGAAUCAAAGCAAUGAUGAAUCCAGAUAUUAUUAAGAAAAUACAAAGUGUCUAUGCGUUUGAUUUAAAAGGUGAAAAAUGGUAUUUGGAUUUGAAAAAUGAACAAGGGAGUGUUGGUAAAGGUGAACCAACUGCGCCCGCUCAAUGCACAUUAUCAAUGUCGAAAGCAGAUUUUAUACAAAUGUUUAGUGGAAAAUUGAAACCAGCUGCAGCAUUUAUGGGUGGUAAACUAAAAAUUAAAGGUGAUAUGUCCACGGCCUUGAAAUUAGAGCAGUUAUUAAAUCAAAUGAAAUCGAAGCUCUAA